CUCCGUGGACAUCGCCAUUCCUCCAGCAGCGCUGCUGCUCUUCUUGCUCUUUCUCUUUAUCCAUCACAUCCAGUGCGCCGACAAGCCCACCCCAUCAGCGGUGCUCUCCUUCCUCUCAUCUCUAUCCGUGCUCUAGCCACACACCACCCACGCGCCCUUCUUGCUUCAGUCGACGGCUCCUCGUUCCCCUUUCCCUCCCCUCCUCCACAACUAACCAAGCACCGCCCUCUCACGGUUCACGUUCGUCGGCCGGUUGCAGCGCGGCUCCUGUUGGCCGAGCCUGCGCGCGCGGGGGCUGGCUGGGCCGAUGGCUGAGGCGCGGCAGUGGUGGCCUGCUCACGGUCGAGCUCGGCGGCUACUUGACGGGGCCGCGUGCAUCUGCCCCGAGGCUCAGGGCUCCGGAUCUGCGUGGUCAUGUCCACCUCACCCUCCGACAGCGCCUUACUGCGGCGCUUCGGGCCCAUAUCUCGCCGGUUGGCGCGUAGAUGUGCGUGCGCUCGGCUUGAGGUAGCGCAAGGAUGAUGGGGCGGCUUGGAUGGUGGCCCGUGCAGUGUGCGGCUGCCCUGUGAACCCCGAGUUUUCUCUUUCGCGAGAGCAUCCAUCUAUUAUGACGGACAAAUCUUUGUUCAAUUUUUCUGAAUCUUCACCUCGUCUCUCAGCAGAACGCAGGCGUCCCACGAUGACGACGCAGGGGGGUGCAGCAUCUGGUCUAGCAUGGCGCGGAGGCCGGCGGCGACGACCUCGUGGCUCUCUCAGCAGAACUCGGGCUGCGGCGCGACGCCAAGCCACGCCAAGCCACGCCUGCACUCUGCUGUCAUCUGGACGCAUGCCAUGAUGGUCACGCCCUCAAGCUCCAGCACGAGCCCCGCCUUCAAGCGCCGCGCUGCAGCCCGCGUUCCUCUGCUCUGACCGCACACAUCGCGCCGCUGCCCGAGUUCCUCUGCUCUGACCGCACCCGACGCCCGCGCCGGCGACCCCUUCGGCCCUCGCCACGCCGGCGACCACCAAGAACCCCACCACCUCCUCGCCUCCGCUUGCUGCACGUCGCCAGGAGCGCCGCCACCCUCCUAGGAGCCCCGUUGCCGUUCCCCUAUGACCCUCGCUCGAUUACUUGGCUUCUGCGGCGUGGACUCCGGCGCCAAGCGGCGGUGAGUGGCCGGCGGUGGAGUCUGAGAAUGGAUAACAGGCAGUACUGCGGGCUGAAUUCCAACCACUGCAGGGGCUAUUUUGCAAAAAUGAAACGUACUCUCAGGAACACACUUUACAUAGGACUGCGGGUUGAAUUCGAAUAAAUACAGGGGCUUUUUUGUAAGAACGGCGACGACGGACGACGGGCGAGAGGUGGGUCGGGACGGGAGGAAAGAAAAUCGGGAGCGAGGGGUCGUACGAAAGGCUUGACGAACGUAAGAGGGGAAACCGAACACUACGUUUCUUUUAAAUAGUAGAAGAUAUAGAUAUAACAGCCGCCGCCAGCCUCCUCGGCUCCCACUCCGCUCGCCACUCAGAGAGCCCCCCCAAAUCCCCAAACCUCACCGGCUCAUCCGCCGCCGUCGACCAUGGCCGGGCGGUCGCCGUUCACCAACCUCGACCCCGUGACGGCGGCCGACUUGCAGCGCAGGGGCUUCAACCCGCUCGAGCUGGACCGAGCCACGGAGCAGCUGCUCACGUACGUCUACACCAGCCUCAUCCCCGACUUCCCCUUCCUCGCCACCGGGCGGCUCGCCGCCCGCCCCGCCUCCGACGGCGUCGACCGCAUCAGCCGCCUCCCGCGCGCGCUCCUGCGCGACAUCGUCUCCCGCCUCCCCGUUACGGACGCGGCGCGCACGGCCGUGCUCUCCUCCCGCUGGCGCACGGUCUGGCUCUCCGCGCCGCCCGUCCUGGUCGACGCCUACCUCGGGGAGGACGACUACGCCUGGCCCCCCACGCCGGCCAACUCGCCCGCCAUCACCGCCGCCGUCUCCCGCGUCCUCGAGGCGCACCCGGGCCCCUUCCGCCACGUCCACCUCGUCUGCAGCCACAUGAACGCGUACCGGGCCCGGCUCGCGCGCUGGCUCCAGCUCCUCGCCGCCAAGGGCGUCCAGGACCUCGUCCUCGUCAACCGCCCCUGGCCGUGCGACGUGCCCCUCCCCGACGCGCUCUUCGCCAUCAGCACCCUCGUCCGCCUCCACAUCGGCCUCUGGAAGUUGCCGGACACGGCCCGCCUGGGAAGUUACCGGACGUUUCCCCACCUCCGCGAGCUUGGCAUCUGCAGCGUCGUAAUGGAGGAGGGGGACGUCGACGCCAUCGUCGCCAGGAGUCCCGUCCUGGAGGUCCUGAGCAUCCAGGGAAGCAGCAAGGGGCUGCGUCUCCGCCUCGUCAGCCAGAGCCUACGGUGCGUGCAGAUCUGCGGUUCUGUUGUGGAAGACAUUGCCGUGGUGAAGGUCCCAUGCCUCGAGCGGCUCAUCCUGCAUGGAUGCCGGGAUCUGGCUGGUGGCAUGUGUACCAGGAUCAGGAUUCUUGAUGCCCCCAAUCUGCGCGUGGUCGGAUUCUUGGAGCCAGCAAAUCAUGUCCUUAAGAUCGGAGACACCAUCAUAAGGGCUGGGAUGAAGGAGAGCACAGCCACAAUUCUCACAAGCGUGAAGAUCCUCAGCUUAAAUGUGCGUUUCGGUAUCCGCAGCGAGGCAGAGAUGGUGCCCAGGUUCCUCAAAUGCUUUCCCAAUGUGAAGACACUGCAUAUCAUGUCUGGAAAAUGCAAUCAGUCCACUGGUACGCUCAACCUCAAGUUCAAGGAGGUUCCCAUUGAAAGUGCCAUGUUGGGCAUCUCAGAGAUGUAUUUCCGUGAGUUCCGAGGGGAUGAAGGCGAGGUUGCCUUCCUCAAGUCGUUGUUCAAGAGUGCGGAUGUGCUGGAGAUGGCGGUGAUUAUGAUGGCAAAUCCAAGCUUCACGCAGUUUUCACCAGAUGACGCACUUUCCAAGGUGAAGAGUGCUUCUGAGCUCAGUAGAUCCUCCGGCAAAGUGGUGGUGGUUGUGAGUGGAGGUCCUGAAGGAGGAAGACCGUGGAGUUUCCAGAAAGGAACUGAUUUUUCAUGCGAGGACCCUUUUUCAGUAGUUGUGGAGAACCUUCGCAAAGCUUAGUGCCUGUGAAGCGGUGGAAGGUGUUUUUAUUUUGGCUGUGAACUAUGAAGCACGCAUUGUAUCCGAAACUUCGGUGGUCCUUCUUACAUUUAGUGCCUGUGAAGUGGUGGAAGGUGUUUUUUUUGGCUAUGAACUAUGAAGCACGCAUUGUAUCCGAAACUUCGGUGGCCCUUCUUACAUUGCAAACUUUGUGUUAAACUUGUGGCCUGAUUUCUGGUGGCAAUCAGAAAUGCGAUCUACUGAUAUUUUGUUUCC